CAUACCCGAGCGCGCGCACACCACCCACAAGAUAAAAUCGAACUAACCAAAGUCCCACCGAUCCUUUCCUAGAGACACGAAAACGGAAUAAACUCAUCCAUAAAUCAUGAGCCUGCUUUUGUUUUUCUUGAUUCUGGCGUUUUGCAAAGAUGCCGUUCAAGUGCACCGCAGUGCGCUCAAUGAUUUCCAGCGUUCUGAAGGAAGAGAGCUGGUACCAAGGAAAGCUGAUCGUGCCACUCUGCUCCCUGGCAUUACACUAGAGGAAUGUGCCAAACGCUGCUCAGAGAGCCUUGACUGCAGGGCCUUCAACUAUGUGUUUCGUCCAUCUGUAAUCUGUAAGCACUUGCCCUGGGUGGGCAACACGGCUAAUGCGGAGGUGAAGAGAAACGUCAACUGUGACCUGUAUGAGAUGAAAGUUUAUGUCAGGAAGUGCAUUAUCGGUAAUGGAGAGGACUAUCGGGGAGAUGUAUCUAAGACCAUGACUGGGCGGACAUGUCAACAGUGGUGGUCAAAGUUUCCUCAUGAUCACAGAUAUACUCCUUCUUCAACUAAUGGCCUGGAGCUAAAUUACUGUCGUAAUCCAGAUGGGGACAACAUUGGACCCUGGUGCUACACCACAGACCCUGAGCGCAGAUACGAGAGCUGUAAUAUCCCUCAGUGUAAAGACGAGGUGUGUAUUACCUGUAAUGGAGAGGACUAUAGAGGUCAGGUUGAUCGCACAGUGAGUGGACGGGAAUGCCAGAGAUGGGACCAGCAACAUCCACAUCAACACAUCUAUCAACCAGAAAAAUACCCUGAUAAGAGUCUGGAUGAUAAUUACUGCCGGAACCCUGACGCCUCCCCCGUGCCCUGGUGUUACACCACUGACCCGGAGGUGGAGAGAGAGCGUUGUGACAUCCGCAUGUGCUCCGAGGUUCCAAAACGGCGUUCUCGCUCCAGCUACACCACGAACUGUUUCCGAGGCCGUGGGGAAGAUUACAGAGGCAAAGUGAACGAGACGACUUCAGGCAUCCCGUGUCAGCGCUGGGAUGCACAGUUCCCCCAUGAGCACCCAUUUUACCCCCACACUUAUGAGUGCAAAGGACUGGAAGAGAACUACUGUCGUAAUCCAGAUGGUUCUGAGGCUCCCUGGUGCUUCACAUCCAGGGCGGAGAUGAGGACGGCCCUCUGUUUACAGAUCAAACGCUGUGCUGAUGACAUUGAGGCCGAAGACUGUUAUAAUGGAAAUGGAAAAAAUUACAGAGGUACUGUCCGCAAAACACGGAAGGGCAUCCUUUGUCAGAACUGGAGUGUUAACACACCACAUAAAACUAAGAUUAAUCCAAAGACACAUCCAGAGGCCAAUCUGACAGAGAACUACUGCAGGAACCCAGACGGAGAUCUGCACGGACCCUGGUGCUACACCACUGACCCCAAAACUGAAUUUGAUUACUGUGCAAUCAAGCAGUGUGCAGGGGAGGAUCCACCUAUCAUAACACCACCCGAGGGUGUGGUGUUUAAUGAAUGUGGAAAGCGUGAUGACCGCAUGGUGAGAAGCAGACUGAGGAUUAUUGGUGGCACACCAGGAAAUUCUCCAUGGACAAUCAGCCUAAGGGACAGGAAAGGAAAGCAUUUUUGUGGAGGAUCACUGGUGAACUCAAAAUGGGUGAUUAGCACUAAGCAAUGUUUCUCCUCAUGCAGUUAUGUGGACCUCACAGGGUAUGCUGCGAUCAUGGGCACCGUGUUCCGAGACCCAAAGGAAGAAGAACCUGGCACACAGUCCAUUGCUCUGAACAAAAUUGUUUGUGGACCUUCAGAGUCACAUCUAGUCCUGCUACAGCUAGAAACUCCUGCAGAGUUUAAUGAGCGUGUUUCUCAAAUAUGUCUUCCCCCUGAGCGCUACAUCGUUCCAGAGGGAACCACCUGUGAGAUUGCUGGUUGGGGGGAGACCAAAGGAACAGGGGAUGAAACGGUGCUGAAUGUUGCUCAGAUGCAAGUGCAGAGCAACAGCGAAUGUAACAAAUACUUCAAAGGGCGCGUGAAACAGAACGAAAUGUGCACUACAUCUUUUUUCGGUGGAGUGGGUGCUUGUGAGAAAGACUAUGGAGGCCCUCUGGCCUGUCAGAACAGUGAUUGCUGGGUCUUAGAGGGAGUCAUCAUCCCUAUGCGUCGUUGUGGGCAUCCAGGCCAACCCAAUAUCUUUAUCCGUGUAUCGAUGUACGUAGACUGGAUCAAGAAAGUCAUGGAGAUGGCAUAACUGGCACAAAUUACUCAAACUGCAUUACAGUUUAUUCAUUGUAACCAUUUGCAUACAGCAGGGGAAAGAUUAUAUAUCUGCUCAAGUCAAAUCAAAUCUAGAUUAUCUGCUAAUCAUUACAAAUGAAUGUAAGUAAUCUUCAGAAAGAAGAUAUUACUAUAUGAGGAUUAAAUGAUUGCUGUACAAGUUAUACUCAAGUUUAUGUUUUACAAAAUAUGCUUAUGAAUGUACUUAUAUCCAGUCCCCUACAAAAGUACUGCAACAGCAAAGGCAAUUCUGUUGUUUUUCCUAUACACUGAAGACAUUUGGGUUUGAGAUCAAAAGAUGAAUAUGAAACGACAGAUCAUCGUUUCAGCUUUCAUUUCCUAUUAUUUACAUGUAGUUGUGUUAACCAACUUAGAACAUGGCACCUUUGGUGGCAGACUGCAAGUAUUGGAACGUUCUUCUUUUGUGAGACUUUCCCAGGCUUAUAUGACAGCUUCUUUCAGUGGUUGUUUGUUUAGGUGGGUUUCUCCCUUCAUCUUCUCCUUGAUGAGACUGGAAGUAUACCUCUGUAAAUUGGCAAAAAGAAUGUUUCUAUAAAGUCUAAAUUCAAUCUACUGGUGCCAUCAUGAGUUACAUCAUCAAUAAAGAUUAGUGAGUUUGUUUCACAAGCAGCCAAGCAAGCCCAAGCCAUAACACAACCUACACCGGGCUUGAGCAGUAAGCUUGUAUAUUUUGGAUCAUGAGCAGAUUCUUUAUUUCUUCACACCUUGACUGUUUCAACACUUAGUAAAAGUUAAUGUUGUUUCCAUUAUCUUUGUGGCUCAUCUCUGCAUUCCAGUCUGGUCUUUUGAUUCUUACUAAUGAUGAGUGCUUUGCAUGUUGUAUUAUGGCCUGUGUAUUUCUGCUCUUCAUCCGUGGCUGGUGGAGGUUGAUAUUGAUGUCAUAGAAUUAUUUUGGGUUUUUUUUGUCACAGCUCUCACAAUAUUUCUGUCAUCAACGGCUAUUGUUUUCCUUAGCUGACAUAGUUGUUAGUACAUCACUGUUUUUUAUUUUUUUAUGACAUUGCAAAUUAUUGUAUUGGUUGGCUAUGCCUAACGCUUGUGUAAUGGCUGAUUGAUUUUCCCUCUUUUCUCAGCUUCAAAAUAGCUUGUGUUUCACCCAUAGACAGCUCUCUGGUCUUCAUUUUUGUGUAUCCUCUUUGAAAAAAUAAAUGUAAUCUUCACAUGCUAAACCCAGCAAAACACCUAGAGCUAUUAAUUGUUUAAUAAUCCAGUCUAACAGGGCAGACCUGAACAACAAAAAACCCUCGUCACGCACGUGUUCCAAUAUUUUUGACGACUUGGUCAUUAAACAAAUAUAUGUAAAUAUUAGGAAAUUAAUCUGAAAUACUGAUUUGUCAUCUCAUAUGCCUCCUUUUGAAACCCAAUUGUCUUCAGUGUAUAUCAGAAGCAAAAGAAUUAAUCAUCAAUAAAUCAUAUUUCUUCAAUAAAUCAUAAUACUUUUGAAGAGGACUGAAUAUGCUGUAUAAGUCAUGCUUAUCUGCGUAUCUAAACAUACAUCUGUAAAGUAGAUUUUCACUUGCCAAAUCCUAUUUAUCCUUUAUUUGUUAACCUUUAAAAAUAGUCCUGAGAAAUUUCAGGAACACCUCAUUUUGUAGCUUUUAUAGUAGCAAAAGUCUUAAUAAAAAAGCUUCGGUUUU